CAUCUAAUCAGAGCAUGAUAUCUCUAUGGAAUGAUUUGGAGACCAAUAAUUAUUACUUAAUCAAUAAUGAAACUGGAGAAAAACAAAAAGUCUAUAAAACUGCAGAUUAUAUUAAAGAAUUUGAUGCUUCUUUGACUGGAUCUGUUGGUUAUAAGGAUAGAAUUAAACUAGCGAAAAAACCAAGCUACAUGCCUUUAAAAGCUAAAUCUCUCUAAAAAAAUUUUACUAGCUAUACACCUUCAAUAAACAAAUUAGUUUGGUAUUCUCAAUUGCCUCGACCUACAAAAUUACCCAAUUUGGAACAUUUUAAAACUGAAAAGAAAUAAAUCCAAAUAAAUUUAUCAAAGGAUGAGAAAUCCUUAUUGUAAACAUAGAGCUACUAAACUUUGCCACAUAUUCCACAAUCUACAGUUGCAUCCUAAUAUUAAAGUUUAUUAGAUCCACAAUAGGCGAGAUCAAUUUCAACCAUUCAACAUUAUGAUCUUAAUGAUUAAGAUCAUUUUAAAGAAAUGAGUCAUUUGUUUGAGUCCAAAUCCUAUGACUAUAAAAGUUUUAAUAUACCUCCCAAAGAAAAUUUAAAUUGCAGAUCAAUCAAAGAAUUUGAAUAGGUCUUAAAAGAAGAAAAGUAAUAAUUGGAAAUGUUCAAAGUAAUGAAACCUUAUAAUAAUUCAGUUACCUGAAUAGAAACCCCAAUUAGUCAAUACCAAAGGAAGAUUCCCAGGACAGCUGAAAACAGCCAAAGAUUUUAUGUCUGAAGAUAAAUCUAUUGCAAGAUUAUGUUAGACCAAAUAAUAUAUUUUUAGUGUAUCCUGAUCUUUUCAAAGAGAAGAUUAUAGAUUAAAAGUAAGAAGAACUAAGAAGAAAAAUAAAUAAAUUAAAGGAACAAGAAAUGCUCCAAAGGAAUCUCAAGAAUAAGGCUUGA